AUGUCUGACAUACCCCCAAAUGUCCCUUUCAUGAAGCCAGACUAUACACCAUUCUGUGAACAUGGCCAUGGGCCUGAAGGAAAGUGCAAAUACUUUCGCUGGGGCUCCAAGAGUCCUACAUCAUCUCUGAACCCCUCACCAUCAUUGGGGUCUCCCCCACAAAUAAUGCUCGCUCCUCCACCAUCAGGGCCUCCAUCACACAUUGCGCUCGCUCCUCCACCAUUGGGGCCUCUGUCACAAGUGGUGCACGCUCCUCCUCCAGUAGUCCCUGGUGUCUGUGCCGAGUCUGAGUGUACAUCGACACGUGUGCACCCCCAGUGCGGCCAUCUUAUGUGCAGGAAGCACUGCUGGGUGUCUGGAGGCUGUGAUGCGAAGGGUCACAAUAUUCCUGGACCUGCUGGUGAGGUACCACGCCUGCAUCCACCAGCUGAAGCUACACCCACAUUGUCUGUCAUUGAGCCUGCCAUACUUGCACCUCCACCGCCCAUCAUUGACCCUGCCUUACUUGUACCUGACAUCACAUUUUUACCUUCCUCCGAGGCUCCUACUGCUGGUCCAUCUACAUUACCUAUGCUAAGCCAGGAUACGACAUGCAAGGGAAAAGGCUGCGCUACAAACACUGUUACUGCAUUUGCCUGGGUGGCGGACGAAGAUGCACCUACUGUCUGCGAGUUUCAAAGUGGAAUUGUGCUACCGCAUGUCAGGGUCACCGCGGAGUGGCUUCACAAUCUUGGACUUUCCAUUGAUGAUGGCUGUCACUACUUUAAUGUGACCCAGCAAUGCUGGAACAAAAUAUUUGUCGGUCAUGUCCUCACCCUUCCAGGCAAUCAUGUCUACCUCAAGAACCUCAAUGUCAAAGUCGCGCUUCGACUUCGACAACCACCAACCAUCCCACACAUUCGUAACAACCUCAAAGGCGAGAGAGCUCACGUCCACAAUACUACCCACCAUCUUCAGCACCCGAUUGAGGUUGAAACCACCAUUGUGUUACCACCCUGGCCAAGAUGGUACUAUGUGGUCGACAUCAAUGCAGGUUUUAUUACCAUGGAGAAUGCAAGGAAGUCUGGUCGCAGUGUCAAAGAGGCUUUUGCUAGUGUCUUCGGAGGCAUUCCCUAUCGUCCCCAGACUGUCAGUGACCAUCGUAUCUGCUGGCAGCAGGCAGGUCCUACAGCAAGGGCAGCAUUCAUUGAGGUGGGGCGCACUCCUGCUGGCUUAUGGUCUGCGUUCAUGGCAGCCUAG